CUGCUGGAUUGCGAUCAUGUCGCUAGAAGCCCUACUCAACUGGCCUGCGCCAGACCGACCUCUUCCAUCUGGGCAAACAGCAGACGCAAGCUCGCUUUGUCGGACUUUUCUCAUCACCGAUACACUAGAACGUAGUGCAUCGUUUCUACUCUGCCAGUUUGUUAACCGACACUUGCAUCUGCCAAACUGGGCAGUCCGACUGGUUUGCAUUUCUCAACAUCCAUCACACUACAAUGCUGUUCACAAAAAACUGGGAUUGCAUCUGUCCAUGUACAAGAAUACAUACGAGAGUAUCGAUUUAUUUUCCAAUUUAAAUGCACUGGUACAAGUUGAUCAUAAUCCAACGACAAAUACCGAUCCAGUUCACAUACUGUUGAAUCAAAUCAUAUCGACUGUGGGUAGCGACAAGAAACCGUGUAUAGUCAUUGACGAUGUAUCUAUGCUUCUCUAUGCUGGAUUGAGUAUUGAGCAACUUGUGAAGCUUGUAAUGGCUUUGAAUGGAUAUGUGAUCGAGAAAUCGGGAUGUCUAGUUAUGCUUGUUCAUGACGACAACCCAGAUGAUGAAGAACAGGUUUCCCUUAAUUCAUUGCUGGUACGACUUGCUGAUGCUUUAAUUCACGUACAGACACUCGAGAGCGGAUUCACUGAAGAUAUUCAUGGCCAGCUGACAGUAAAGCUCGGUCCACAGUCACUAUGGGAACCACCUGGUGAAGUUGCUCAAUCUCGUGUCAUCCGUCCUGGAUCGAUACUAUUUCGAAUCAACGAUUCUUCUGUAGAAUGGUUUGCCAAAGGAACUACAGUGAUGUGA